UUUUUUGCUUAGAUGGGUGGACGAGCUCACAGCCCACCUGGUGUUAAGUGGUCACUGGAGCCCAUAAGCAUCUACAACGUAAAUGCGCCAUCCACCUUGAGAUACAAGUUCUAAGAUCUCAGUAUAGUUACAACGGCUGUCCCACCCUUCAAACCGAAACGCAUUACUGCUUUACGGCAGAAAUAGACAGGGUGGUGGUACCUACCCGCGCGGUCUCACAAGAGGUCCUACCACAAGUAGUGGAAAUUAAGAGGUUGAUUUCUAAUCGAACCUCUGUUAUCACUAUAAAAUCGGAGAAAACCCGGCGUUGUCGGACAACAAUAAAUUGGUACGAAUAGCCCCUAAAAUAUAAAAAAUUCACCUAAGAAUAUUUUUCAAAUAUCGUUUUGUUAUACGUAUGUAUUAGAUGUCAAUCCGUUGUGAAAACUGUAAAAACUCGUAAGAGAUUUUUUACUUACUCUUUUAAUUUAAUUUAAUUUAAGAUUUUUACUAAUAAAUACAUAUUAUUAAUUGAUCUGUAACCAUUUUUAUUGUGAACUAGUGAAAUCCGGUCUGGCUCUGCUGACAGUUUAGCUAAUUGUAACAAAAAAAUCCCAUGGAUAUUAUUUUAAAAAAUCCCAUACAAGUAUUGUCUUGAAAAUUACGAACUCAACGAAAAAGAAAUCAAAAAAAUAUGUCUAGCUGCCUGUACUUUUGGUAGCUCUGGCAGCUGUUAGAUAAUACUAACCGUUGCGGGCUGAGCCAACGCUCGCCCACUUGUCCUGGUGAAACUGGGAAGGCCACCGGGCCACCAGUAAUUCUUUAAUUAUUAAAAAAAAACAAUUGGUAUUGGAUUUAACACAAUUUACAGAUUGAAAAAUCUGAGAUACAUCACGACAGUUGAACAUUUUUGGCCAGCUACUUAGGCCGUGUAUGAUCUUGUGUAUGAUCGUGUAUGAUCUAUCUUUCAGCCCACUGCUGGACAUAGGCCUCCACAAGCCUCGCCACAACGAUCGAUUUUGCGGUGCUUGGAUCCAGUGGAUCCCGAAUCUCAAUAGGUCGUCAGUCCACUUUGCGGGAGGCCUACCCUAGCUACAAAACAAUUGAAUUGAAUCAAAAAGCUAACUAAGCUAAUUUCAAAGAACCUUAAUUUUUCUUUAAUUAUUAAAAUUAGGAAUGCGGUUAUUGCGACAAUGGAUCGCUUUAUCCGCCAUUUAAUACAUUUUUUGGGAAAAUGGGGUUACAGUUGGAUCGUUGGCCUUUCUAAUUCUACCAGAACUGGUGGAUGACAACGGGCUCAGUUAGGAGAGGUAAAGAGUUUUAUUCGGAUUGAUCUAAAUACAUUAAGGAGUUCUGCAGUGCAUAGAGUAGGUAUGCAGACGUUGAGAACUGUUAUAACUCUUCAAAAGCCAUGCAUCAUAUGAUAUAUUAGAGUAUACCAACAAUUAUUCUAUCAAAAGACCUUAAAAUAAUUAAUUAAGGAUGUUGUUAAGAACAACGAGCUGUGAAAGAUGUCAAUGUCAAAACUUGACGGAACUCUCUCAUAGGAGCUUAUAUAAAAUUUAAGUUCGCCUGAGAAGUUGUUGCGAAUUUUUAAAACAAGACCUGGAUCUGGGUGAUACACAGAAUCAUCGCUACGCGGGAUAAAUCACUACGGCUUAAACGGAAGGAUCGAUUAAUUGGUAGUGUUAUGAUUAUGUCAUUUACCGAUACUAAUUUAGAUACUAAGCCUAAAUGAAUACCUAUAGGAUGUUCAAAUUUAAUUUUUAUGCAAAGCGAUAAUCUAAAGAGAAACGGCCGAUUAUUGCUCUUCGCAAGCCUAUCGCUAACUCUGCACUUCAGCUGAUUAAUAGUUUACAUUACAUCGCAUGCAAAGAAAAAUAAGACUGUAAUUUUUUUGUUUCGUGUAAUUGUGAACGAGCUCACAGCCUAACUGGUGUUAAGUAAAUUCCCGGAGCCCAAAGUCAAAAAUGACCAAAAACUUAAAUUGCUUUGUAACAAAGGUUUUUUGGCUAGCAGUACUUGUGACAGAACUAUCGACGCGAUUUUAGUAAAAUGAAUGGAGUUGCGCCUGAGACUGGUGUACACAUGUGAAUACACAACGCGCUGUGCAGGUAGUAGGGCUUAGCGCAGCAGUGGUGAGACAGGGCAGGUCCGUCCGCGGUCGGUGCGAUGCAGGGGCGGAGGCGGGGGCCUCGGCCCGUUACGUGGAGCCGAGUGGAGCGCGCGCGGCUCGGCGGUGCCACGACACGGACGUGCUUCACUCAGUUCGUGCGCGAAAGUCGUUACCCGCGUCACACGAUUUAAUUUCUCUACACGCAAACAAUACACCUUCGACACAACAAACCGAGACCGAUUCCUCGUUAUCAGGGAAUCGCUAAGAACUGAGCCAGAAUUUUGAGAAUAGCAUCUGUUACGAUCAAAACAACCUUGUUAAUUUAUAAGAAAGCGUGUGACGUCAGAGAAACCGGUGGUCGCGACGAUCAUAUGUUGGACGCGGAUGCAGUGAUGGAAUGUGGUGUUUUGUGGUGACGUGCUAUGGUGCAGUGUUCCGAUUUACCUGCUCUUUAACAGCCACACCGCCGGAGCGCGGUUCUCCCACGGGAACCAUGCGUAGAAAAAGAUGAGCCAGGAUGCGGAGAGCUUGCAGCCAACAUGGCGGUUGUGGGGGGAAGAGCGCGUGGACGGCGCCAUCUACACCGUUUAUCUGAAGAAAGUGCGUUACCAUCGACCUACCAAAAGUGCUUCAAGUGAGUCUGACGACGAGAUCUCACAUUUAGAGUGGGAAACCGUACGUGUACGGUUCGUAAAAGCCGGCACAGUCGAGCGGCUAGUGGAGGCGCUCGCUACCGACGACGGCGAACUCGAGUCCACAUACGUCAAUGUGUUCCUCGCGACGUACCGGUCAUUCGCGGAAUGCAGUCAUGUUCUGGAUCUCCUGCUGCGACGGUAUGAAACCCUUGCCGCUGAGGACAUACUUCCCGCUGCGACUGACACAUCACAACAACACCGAAAGACUCUUGUAGCGUGUCUCCACGUGUGGUUGGACACAUAUCCGGAGGACUUUCGGCAGCCGCCGCACCAUCCCGCACUGCAACAGCUGCUCGCCUUCACGCAACUUCAUUUACCCGGAUCAGAAUUACACUCGAAGGUAUUACAGAAGCUAGCCAUAUUCAGUGCGGAACGAAAUGGAGGUGUGCAGAUGUCUGGAGGGGGCGCCGUGUGCCUUGCUCCUGGCAUGCGCCUCUCCGCACAUCUCACCAGCGCCUACCGCCUGCCACACGUUCCCCAUCGACACUUCGCCGAACAACUUACCAGGAUGGACAUGGAGCUGUUCAAGAAGCUCGUGCCCCACCAGUGCCUCGGAGCCGUCUGGUCACGUAGAGAUAAGGACCGUUCCCACGACGCGGCCACUGUCCUCGCAACCGUCAACCAGUUCAAUGCGGUAUCGUUCCGCGUCAUUUCGACUGUACUCGUGGAGCUCAACUUGAAGCCGGCCGAGCGUGCCGAUAUUCUUGCUGCCUGGCUUGAUAUAGCUCGCGAACUGAGAGUUCUUAAAAACUUUUCAUCGCUCAAAGCGAUUAUCUCAGGGUUGCAGAGCAAUCCGGUUUAUAGACUGAGAAAAACGUGGGCGACUUUACAAAAAGAAAAAGCUGAGCUUUACGAUGAACUAGCCCGAAUUUUCAGUGAAGACAAUAACAGAUGGGCUCAGAGGGAGUUGCUGAUGCGCGAAGGUACUGCUAAAUUUGCUGAUACUGUGGGAGAAAACGAUCGUCAAUUACAAAAACUUCUUCACGAGCGCGGCUCACCAGGUGUCAGCCACGGGACCAUUCCAUAUCUCGGCACGUUUUUGACCGAUCUCACAAUGAUAGAUACUGCCAUUCCGGAUACAGUAACCGACGGUUUGAUUAAUUUUGAUAAGAAACGUAAAGAAUUCGAAGUGCUGGCUCAGAUCAAAUUACUGCAAGGAGCUGCCAACGCCUACCAUUUACCCUCCGAUCCGAUGUUUGACCGGUGGUUUGAUUCGGUUAUUGUGCUUGAUGACAGGGAAGCAUAUCAGCUAUCUUGUCAAAUUGAGCCACCGACGAACCCACCCAAAGAGAGACGACCAAAGAAGAUAAACGACGCCAACGUUCAAAGUCAUAGGAAAAACGACUCGAUCGCCAGCACGAGUUCUAGCAAUAGUUCACAAUUCUUUUGCGAAACCGAUGGAACAACUACCGCUUGGAAGAGAGAUAGUCUUGAAACGCGAAUCUCUCCGACAAGGCUGUCACACGGUUCUUCGUCUUCAUCGCUACCGUCUCUGGAUGUCUCAUUGUCCAGUGCUAACAGUGGACAGAAGCCAAACGGCAAAGCUGGGGGCAGUCCUGCACAUCCGGGUGUUCGAAGUGGCCCAGACUUUUAUAUAAUACGAGUGACAUAUGAGUCGGAUUGUGCAGAAACCGAAGGCGUUGUGUUGUACAAGUCUAUUAUGUUAAGUAACAAUGAACGCACGCCUCAAGUGAUUCGGAACGCAAUGCUCAAACUCAAUCUUGAUGGAGAUCCCGAUUCUUAUACCUUGGCUCAAGUACUACUCGAACGAGAGAUGUUGCUCCCAUCGAAUGCAAAUGUCUACUACGCUGUUAAUACCGCUUAUAAUUUGAACUUCAUUUUACGGCCUCGGAAGAACCAGCAGCAAGAGCCAGUGGUUAAUGGGAAGUCGAAAGGGAAACGAAACUAACUGAAAACUCUUAAGUGACCCAUUAUUUUUACUUUAGUGUAAAUAAAGUUAAAAAAGUGACCAAAUUUUUACUUGCUUUUGCUAAUUCGUUUAAUUCAGCGUCGUUUUUGUUAAUAUCCUUUAUUAUUGUUUUGUGUCGUGUCAAAAAAUAAUCUAUCUGAUUUAUCGAAUGGUUUCGUCGACAAAUUCAAACUGAUGUUUCUCUAUUACUUCCAUGAUGUUAUGUAUGUGUAAAUUUGUUUCAUGCCACCUCUAGAUCGUAGUUUUGUCUUGUGAAAAUAUUAUUUGUGUAUAGUUGUUAAAUUUGUUGUGUAUAUACUGAGAAUACUGUAGAUAAGAAUCUCAUUUUUGUUUAAUAGUAAUGAAUUGCAACAAACUACGUCUUGGCAAAUACUGUAAGAAUUGACCGAAAGAUGUGCGUACUAUGGGCAGAGAAAUUAAUUAGUUUAUAAAUGGAUACUUAACUUAAAAUGUGGAUAUUACUGGAUGGAUAUUUAACUUAAAAGGUAUUAUUUGGUCAGAGGUCAGAAUUAAGUUAUGAGUAAUUUUUAUUUUUACAUUUUUUUGGUUUUAUUUAGUGCAAUUAAUUGUUUUGUAUUUAUUAAAAUUUCUGAAACAUUAAAUUUUACGAGGUCACAGAUAUACGUCAUGAAGUGAUGAGGGUUGUUGCAGUUCUCUAUUUUUGUGUGUAAUAAUUAUUAAAUAAUACUAAGCCAAAGGCAAAUAAAGUCUAAGAGUAAGGUGCUGUCCUUUUAUUGUACCUUAAAUGUUUUAGAAGCUUUACAUAAAACCGAAUUUUUAUCUAUGUACUUUUAUACGCAUAACAUCAAACAAAGUUCAUUUUGUAUUGUACAUUCGAAAGGCCAUUUUUUUAAAUUAAACCAAAACCUCAAAGUAUCAGACGUAAUUGAAAUUAGACUUUAGCCAGGCAUAAAAACCUAACCGGUUCAGCCUCACUGUACUUGUGCCAUUAACAAAUUCCUACAAUUAAAAUAAAACAAACACUUGUAAAAAAUACGAAAUGUUCAGAAUAUGAGAUAGAGAUCUUUUGAAUAUUAUACAAAUCUACUAUACAAAUGUGCCUAUUAUGAUUUUUUAAUAAAUUUAUAAAUAAUGUUUGUAACAUAUUUCAAGAUCCAAUAUGUUUCCUAUCUCGCUAAAAUGUUCGACAUAAAUUAUGUUAGUUGUCUGUAAAUAGUUCAAUACUUUAGUGGAGUUGUAGUUUACCACCAGUGUUUGUGUAAUAUGUUCGUCUAAUAAAAUUUUAAUAAUACAUUUGCA